GAGCAUUCUUGUUAAGCUUGUUGCCUUGAGGAUAACAUUUUGCGCAGACUGGGUUUCCCUGAACUUUCUCAGAGCCAUUCAGUUUAUGUUUUCUGGAUUUGAUACAACUUAGUAGGAUUCACCGUACCAUGUUGGUCAACUUCUAAUUGCUUUUGGUUGGAAUUAUUGCUUGCAUUGUCAAAGGACUUUGAUAGAGGCUGUGUUCUGAUGCAACGUUAUAUGAUGGGUGUGGGGAAAAUGACCAAGAAAGGUGAAGUUGGCCUGAUGGAUUUCUCCAGCGAAAUGGAAGACGACAAAAGCGGCUUCGCAAGCGACAUCCCCGCUGCAGCGAGAACCAAUCAGAGUCUAGAUGACCAAUUCUCAGAGACGGAGAGCCAUGAGGAAGUCCUUAACCGCCCAAACUCGUUGAGCCACCAUGUCCAAGUUCCCGGGCAAAUGGCGGAUGUUUCAUUUUCUCCUGCUGCUACAGCGACUGGGGGAAGUAACGGGAGCGGGCGACGGGUGAAUAAUAACAGCAUGGAGAGCUCAAUACAGAGUGAUGUUAUAAGAGUUGAUAUCACAGAUCUUGAUGGCAACGAAAGUAUCAACUUAACAACUACCACUCUCAAGAGAUGCAAAGAGGAGGUGCUCCGACCUUAUUGGAGACUACUCAUGUUUAUUGCUUGGCGGGGAUUUGGCCGCGAAUCCAUCAAUCCAAGCAAAUGGUACUGGCGCGUCAUUAACAUUAUAUAUUUCAUCCUCCUCAUCAUACUGCUGAUGUAUAGCUACAUUUAUGAAAUCCUUGCCUGUGAAUGGCGACUGAAUGUGCAUGAAGAUGUAUUGGAGCCAACAUUACCUACCACCACCCCACAAACGACCACUCCAAAUACCACAGCUAAUGCUACAACAAUGAUAAUUCCAUGGGUGAAUUUGUAUGAUGCCAGUAAAGAGCCUGUAACAUGGAAUGGGACGUUACUCAAGCCGGCUAUGAAACUGGUGUGCGAACACGUCAUAACGACAUAUGUGAUUCCGAACAUCCUGCACUUCAUAGCCUACAUCAUUGGCUUCAUCUACUUCAGGGUUCUGGAGAACGAACAGUUGUAUGCCUUGAUGGAGAAGGUAUUCCUACAAGCGUCUCCACUCCAGGGCCGAAUGGUGUCACAAACCUACAUGAUCAAAAAGUUACAAUUGUUCCUCGGUCUCGGUGCUGCCUGGGUCAUACUGACGAUCGCCCUUCAAGUCAUUUAUGUCCUGGCUUUUGGUAUAAGUGAUAUCAAGGCCCGUAUGAUUCCAGAAAGUCAGUUCUGGAUCAUGUUUGGUUUUCAAAUCCUUGGGAUUCUCCUAACCAGUUCUAUAAGCCUAGCAGUGGUCGUGAACUAUGGAUCCCAGUGUGAAAUACUCAUCUUUUUUAUCAAUGGCAUCCAGCUGAGGAUCCAGGAGAAGACUGGCGAUCUUAAAAGUAUGAUGAAGGAUAUCCUUGCAGUACGCCAGUCUCUCGGACAACUCAACGGGGCCAUGUCAAGGAUGACGUCGCUAAUGGCCAUCACGUUUGCUGAGAUGGUCGUCAUAGGUAUCACAAUCCUCAUCAUCAACAAAUAUAACACCACGAUGAUUUGGGUCUACCGGUCUCUCUUCCCCUGUGUAUGGCUCAUCAUAUUGUUGUUUCCACUCAUACAAGCUGCCCGGACAAACUCUGCCUGUGCUAAGUUCAAGCGAAUCGCCCUUGAGACGAGAGUGUUUGGUUACCAGAACAGUUCACUGCUAGAACUCGACUCUUUUCUUUUGUUUGUCUCGAACACGAGGCUAAAGGCCAAGCUUUUCCACAUCCAAAUCAAUCCUUCCUACCUCGCUGGAACAUUGGUUGUGUGUAGCUUCGUCCUGUUCGUGGUGUUACAGUCCGGUAUCGUCAGUCACCAGGAAGUACCGUUUUGGAUAUAGUGCUCAGUGACCUACAGCUGUUUUAGUGAACCAGAAGUUUAUUUGGACAAACAGCAGGGAAGGAAUUGGACAAACCUUUUCAAAAGAUUAAACUUUGUUGUAGGAGCAGAUUCAAGUUGAUAACGUCUAGUGGCGCCACCUGUUACGCAGCAGUAUUUACAAUUUCUCUCUACAAAUUCAGUCUUUUCAUUCAGACAUUUUCUUCAACUUAAGAGAGGUGCCCACCUAAAUGUCCCCUUGGAUCCGCAACUCUACUCCUUCUGUUCUCUCAUCACUAAUCUGUUGAAUAUAUUUGGAUCUGAUAAAGGGGGACUAUAGGCAGGAGCUAUGGGGUCAAAUUGGUCUUCAUGCACUGACGAGUGUGUACAGUUAGGGGCCUGGGUUUGUGUUUGACUCAACGAUAAGGAUAUCCUCAUACGUACAGGGAUUUCAAAUACUAUCAGUGUACUGCGAGAUAGGGAGAGACCCCUCUUGUUGAUUUCAGUAAGCUUAAUCUGACCUACCUGACCCCUGUCUAUAGUCUCCCUUUAAUAAAUUGUGCAAGUAGGGGCUUGGGGGAUCUUUUAGCGUUGUUUGUUAUUAUCUGGUGUUCAGAGAAACUGCUGAAAAGAUGAUGUGAUCCGAACUUGAAGCAAUAUGUGCUAUUUGAAAUAAAUGCUUCAUUUCGUCUGUUACUGAGAUCAACUGUCUUGGUCCCUGUAAAGGGGUACACAUACCUAUUUGAUCAUGGGUCGUCAAAAUAAAAAUGCAGUCAUACUUUGGUGAAUACUGAGUUGUAAAGACUGCCCCGCUCAUCUGGCCUAUGAGUCAACAAUGAUAUUGUAUUUUGUUAACAAUAUGUUACAAGCAUCCACUCUUGUAUGAUAGUUGCAAGAUAUGAAAGCUAAGAAUACAUUUCUCUUUAAAUUAUGUUUGUUUAUUUCAUUAGUUUUGUUUCUUGAGACUACAUAUAAAUGACAGAGAGAUUCAACAACCCUCUACAAUGUUGCCAUUCAUGUGCUCAUUUUUCAAACAGUACUUUCCCCAUUACCAAUGCAUUCUGAAACUUUGAACUCUGACAGGAAUUGCUAGGCCAUGUUUUCUAGCAAUGGGAUGGCUGUAAUCCAGAUUUCUGGAACUUGGGAUGUUGCUAUUAAGGAGAUAUUGUGCUUCAAUAAAGGG